AUGUCUUCUUCUUCUUCUAGCCAUAAUUCGAAAUCUGAGAAUUGUCGAUGUGGAGUUCCAUUUGCAAGAAGGGUUUCUUGGACCAAGGAAAAUCCAGGAAGAAGGUUUAAGAGUUGCGUUUUCUAUGAUCCUGAUACAAAUUGGAGGGGAUGCAAAAAGUUUGAAUGGGUUGAUCAACCUGAAAUGGCUGUUUGGCAAAGAGAAGUGACGAACAAGCUUUUGGAGGAGAAGCGACAAUUGGCAAUGGAAAUCAAGAUCUUGACUUCAAGGGUUUGUUGCUUGGAACAUGAAAAGGAUCUAGUGAUUUCAGAUAUAUCAAGGAUGAAGAAGAAAUCGACGAAUCAGUGUGCAAGCUUUGCGUUAGGGUUUUUUGUUUCUUUUUUGUUAGUGUUUGUUGUACUUAUGAAGAUUAGUAUUUGA